AUAAAUAUAUAUACACAAUCAAUGUCUUCUCUUUUCUUACAAUCAUUAAUAGAAAAGGCAAAAGAAACACCCACUAUAAUUAAUAGCAAUAGUUUUAAUAACGAAAGUAAUAAUAAUAAAUAUGACACCAAAAAUACAACUAAUAAACAUCAAUUUUUAGACCAAACAAUUGACAACUUAAAUAAAGAAAUAGAAGAUUUGGAAAAUGAAAUAAGAUUACUAUCAAAUGGCACUGGUCAAAUAGAAGAAUUACAACAACAAAAUAGUAAUAUAGAUACUGAUAAUAUUAAUAAUAUGAAUGAUAAUAACAAUAAUAAUAACAUAGAUGAAAUCGAAAAUAUAAAACUAUUAUUAAAUAAAUUUUUACAAAAAACCAAUAAAAACUAUCAACAUCAAAAAUAUGACCACGAAGAUAUGAUGGAAGAAAGUGAAGAGAAUCUUUACUCAAAUUAUGAAACAGAAAAGAAAUUUAAAAACGAAACAUUAAUAAAACAUAACCAAUUAAUGGAAAACCUAACUGGAUAUAAAAUUAACUAUGGUAUGAAUAAAGUUUAUUUAGAUGAACCAUCAAUAGACGACAAUAAAAUAAAUAGUUAUACAGCAUAUAUAUUUAAAGGUCAAUGCAAUAAUAUAUUUUUUAAAAUUGAAUUCGUUGUAAAUAAUAAUAAUAAUAGUAAUAAUAAUACACCAUUUGUAAAAGAUUUAAUAAUAAAAGUUCCAUUACUUUAUCAAUUAAAUUUUAGAAAUUUAUUAAAUCAUUGCACCAAAACCAAAUCAUUGGGGUUAUUAUUAAAUUCAUUUCAAAAAACUUCAAAAACACUUUUAAAGAGAAAUCAAUUUUUCAAUUCUUUGUUUAUAAGCUUAUCAAAUAAAAAACAACAGGAAAAAAAUGAAUUGAUAGAAGAAAUAUCUAAUAGUUUUAUUUAUGACAGUAAGAUCAUUAGUAUACCUGGUGGUUAUUAUUCAAACUCUUUCAUAUUCCAUCCAGACCACGUCGAACCUAUAUUUUAUCUUUAUUGGGAUAUAAAGUAUGAUAUCGUUGAAGAACAAAUUAAAAAUGAUAUUCAAGUUAUCGCCAAUCCAUUGCUAUAUUCAAAGAACCAAGUCGAUCAAAUCCAAUUAAUUUUAAAUAGUCUUUCGGCAUACUCAAAAAUGAACAAUUCAAAUUUAAAUAACCUAUCCGAUUUAAUUAUAAUUGGCUUUAUAAAGCAAAAUCAAGAUAAAAAUAAACAUAAUAAAUAG